GUAGAGACAGGGUACGUAAGCUAUCACUGACGAACUUAUGUAAAGGCAGCUAAGUGUGUCAGCAGUACUGCGAAAGCAGAAGAUGGUCCUCCUCCUCCAUAUGAUCUCCUCCUGAACUUGACGCGUUUUUGCUCCUGUAAGGAAGUUUGCCUUUAAAAGCACAAGAGCGGAACGGGACGACACAGUGGGCUUCGCAUCUGUAAAGCAUUAACUUCAACCGAGAAGUAUUUGACUGAGGGCACAUCACCGACCAUGAGCUCUUCACGCGGCGUGGGACUUUAUUUGACGCUUUUACUUGCUCUUCUGUGCGAUGCAUCGGAAGACUCUCCCCCGGCUGUCCAAAGGGAAGUUACUGAUAUGGUGGUUGAUGAAGAUUUCCUUCAGAGAGAGCUUUCCCCUGAGGAACUGGACUUUCUGAUGUUGCAGAGACCAAUCAUCCCUGACCUUUCCAAAGUGUUAGCUGCAGACUCAGACAUGACCCAGAGAGAAGACACAAACUUUCACCCUGGCCAUGUCCCAAUAGGUCGCCCAGUGUUUGGCCCUCGCUCCAUGGGAACCACAACGCGACCAAAGGUUGAUUUCCCCCCAGCCUUUCCAAAUGCAGGCAGCCUGCAAGAUAUCUGUCAGUUCAGUAAAGCUCCGAUCAGGUACCAAAAGGACACCUUUCCUCAAAGUGGCUUUGGCCGUGAGCAUCGACAGGCUGAUGCUGUCAAUCAACUCCAGUCCUGGUACAGCGUCUGCUGUGGCAUUAAUGGAACACAGGAAGAGCAAAUCUGUUGUGCUGAACAAGCGUGGAAGAAGAGUCUGUCUGCCUACUGUGAUGAGGAAUUCUCUAUUAAGACUAGUCACUACUUCUGCUGCAUGAAGAACGGGAAGGCCAGAUGGAGCUGUUUUGAUAAGGAGGCUUCAGACACUUCAUAUCACGUCUCCUCCGAGGUCUCAAAUGCCAAAACUCCAAAAAAGAUCAGAGGCUUCAAAUUUAACUCCCGCGCUUGCAAAGGCUCAGUGGUGGCUUCUCCAAGAGCACCUCGGAAGCAGCCUAAAGUUCCACACUUCAACUUUCCACCUGGCCGUCCCGAUUCCUCCAACAUAGAGCAAAUCUGCACUCAUCACAAGAUCCGACCACGAUACGAUACCAAGUGUCUUCCUUGCACUGGCUAUGGCUGGCUGGUCCGUCAAUCAAAGGCCAUCAAUGUCCUGGAGAGAGAAUAUAACCAAUGCUGUAAGGAGAAAAAGGGUCAACAACACUGUGCUGAAAAAAAGUGGAAGAAGAUGGUUAACAAGUUUUGUAAAGAUGAGAAAAAAACCAAAGGACCAAAGUUUGAGUGUUGUGGAGAGAAGGGAGAAGAUCAGUACACUUGUUUUGCAUCUGCUGCUCCAGAUCCAAGAUACAACUCUACUGAUCCAGACCUCAGCGCUGUUGCCGCCGCUGCUGCUGCUGCUCCUCCAACUCUUCAUGCAUUCUGUGAUACACAUGCAACCAUCAAGAGCAUGAAGGGUUUCCCUUUUUCAGUAGAUAAAAUGGUUGAACGGUGCUGUCCUCUAGUGUUAAAAGAGAGACCUGCAUGUAUAGAGGCUGAGCUUGACAGCCACCUGAAUGAUAUGUGCAAAUCGAAGGAGCUGGUGAAGCCUCAUUGUUGUGAACCCACAAUCAAACACCGUGUCAAAUGUGCUACAAAACUGCUCCUGCGUUAUAUUGGCAAGGCAAAUAAAGCCAUGUAUACUGGGAGGAAGAAAUGCCCCCUCAUCAUUCAGUUUGCAUUGUGUGACGUGCCCACUUUCUUAAAGAAUUUCUGAUACCAUGAAUGUGAAUCAGUUUAUGCAGAGGGCACACAUUUCAGUAUAUGUACGCUUGAGUUGAACCAAACCUGAACCACUUUUUGUUUAUUUCUUUUAAUAUGCAUAUUCUAUUUCUUUAUGCAGUUUUCUUGCCAAAGGUUUUGUAUUGAUUAUUGAGAGACAUUUUUCAGACUUUAUCAUAAAAGAAGAACUGCUUGGAUAGUAUAAAAUAUUGAAACUUGUUUCCCAAAAAUAUAACAAAUUAUAUAUAAACAAAA